CUGUAGUUCUGGGAGCAAGCCCGGCUCCCUUGGAGGCACCGGGAACUACAUUUCCCGAGGAGGGACCGGCGCCUGCAGGCUGCGUGUUACCGGGGCGACGCAGGCCGCAGCCGGGGCGAGGACCAGAGGGCGUUUGGGGGCAGCCCGUAAAGGGGGGCGCCUUUUCCUGCCCUGCUCUUGGUGAUCAGGCGGUGCCAUCUGUGUCUCCCGUGCCGCACUGCCCUGCGCCCCGCUGCCCGCCCCCCGUGGUAGUUUUUCCUGGUCCCCGCAGGGAGUUGGGGCCUCGAGGUUCCGACGGAGCGGCCGUUGCUCCGCGCUGGGGUCUGGAUCGCGCCCCUCUCCGGCCCCGCGGCGGCCCGGCCCCUAUGGGCCCGACCCGGAAGCCCAACGUGUGCCGCCGGCUGAGCCGCCGGGCGCUGGGCUUCUUCUCGAGCGACGCGGGCGCGGUGCAGAGGACGAACCUGGGCAUCCUGCGGGCGCUGGUGUGCCAGGAAAGUACAAAAUUUAAGAAUGUUUGGACUACUCAUUCCAAGUCACCUAUAGCCUAUGAAAGAGGAAGAAUAUAUUUUGAUAAUUAUCGGUGCUGUGUCAGCAGUAGAAUCACAUGGCUUCUUAGUAGAUUACCAGUUUAUUAUCAAAGGAACAGCCAGAUGGAAGAGAUGCCUAGGACAAGUGUUGCAUCAGAGCCAAGAAAACUUUAUGAAAUGCCAAAAUGCUCCAAAUCAGAAAAAAUAGAGGAUGCUUUAUUAUGGGAAUGCCCAGUGGGGGAAAUGCUGCCCAAUCCAUCAGAUUAUAAAUCCUCACUCAUAGCACUGACAGCCCAUAACUGGCUACUUCGUAUAUCAGCAAGUACGGGAAGAGUCCUUGAGAAAAUAUAUCUUGCUUCGUAUUGCAAAUUCAGAUACUUGAGCUGGGACACGCCUCAAGAAGUCAUUGCAGUCAAGUCAGCUCAGAACAAAGGCUCAGCAUUGACCCGGCAGGCAGGCCUUCCACAGCCUGUUUUGCUGUACCUUGCAGUGUUCCAUGUUCUACCUUUUUCACUCAUAGGGAUUCUGGAGAUCAACAAAAAGAUUUUCGGGAACGUUACAGAUGCUACCUUAUCUCAUGGAAUACUGAUAGUGAUGUACGGCUCAGGACUGGUCAGACUCUAUAGCUUCCAAGCCAUCACUGAACAGUUCAUGCAACAGAAACUUGACUUAGGGUGUGCAUGCAGAUGGGGUGGGACUGCUGGAACUGUGGGAGAGGCUCCUUUUGGCAUUCCUUGUAAUAUUAAACUCACAGACACGCCACCACUGCUCUUUGAGGUGUCCUCCCUGGAGAAUGCCUUUCAGAUUGGAGGCCACCCUUGGCACUACAUCAUCACACCUAAUAAGAAGAAACAGAAGGGAGUUUUCCAUAUUUGUGCCCUUAAAGACAACUCCUUGGCUAAAAAUGGAAUCCAAGAAAUGGAAUGUUGUUCUCUAGAAUCUGACUGGAUCUAUUUUCAUCCUGAUGCUUCUGGAAGAAUAAUACAUGUUGGCCCAAAUCAGGUCAAAAAUAAAAAUGCAAAUUAUCUACAGGCAUACCUCAGAGAUAUUGUGUGUUCAGUUCCAGAUGACAGCAAUAAAGCAAGUAUUGCAAUAAAAGUUUUAAAGCUAAAUGAAAUAGAAUAUAAUAGUGGCCAGCAUCAGAUCUCUGAAGAUUUUGUCAUAUUGGCCAACAGAGAGAACAAAAAUGAAAACUUACCCACUGUUACUGCAUCUGGACGGGUGGUUAAAAAAAAAUUUAAUCUUCUGGAUGAUGACCCAGAACAAGAGACUUUCAAAAUUGUGGACUAUGAAGAUGAAUUGGAUUUGCUUUCUGUGGUAGCUGUUACUCAAAUAGAUGCCGAAGGAAAAGCUCACCUUGAUUUCCACUGUAAUGAAUAUGGAACUUUACUUAAAAGCAUUCCACUGGUGGAGUCAUGGGAUGUGACAUACAGCCAUGAAGUCUACUUUGACAGAGACUUGGUCCUACACAUAGAACAGAAACCCAGCAGGGUCUUUAGCUGCUAUGUUUACCAGAUGGUGUGUGACCCUGGGGAAGAAGAAGAAGCCACAAACAGAAGUUGAGAAAAAGAGUGAGAAAAUUUUUAAUUUUGAGAUGUAACUUAUGAGACUUUUAGCCAAACACCCCAACAACUGUGUCCAGUCCUCCUUUUUUAUUAUUUGCAUAGCAAGUUCUCCAUAAGAUCUUGUGUUAACUCCAGAUGACUGUGACUUCUCUUUUAAACUCUUGCCAUAUACGGUGAUAAGAACUUCAUUUUAUGUAAGGGAUUUUUAGAAUAUUCUCCCAAGAAGUCUAGCAUUUUAGAGAUUUUAGCUAGGUGGUGUUGAAAAUAUAAAAUGUUGAGAACAGCUUAAUUUUAAUCAUUGGGGAGAAGGUCAUUGGUGAGGAGGUGUUUAACAUGGCUCUUAAAGAAUAGUAUGGAAUUUUGAUUGGUAAUACUAAGAGGGAAAGACAAAAAGAAAGAUACAAAAGAUAAAGAAAGAAAUCCUGUGUCCUCUGUACCAUAUUUUGCUUAAGGAUGAGAAAUGAGAUCUGUAAUGUGAAAGCAUACUUUUGAACCAAAGAUGUGUCAUCACAGUUAAAAAGAAAACCUUAUAUAUGUAUCUGUAUUGUGUAUUUGUACUAAUUAUUUCUUCCAUGGUUUUAUUCUCGUGGCUUGAUGUUCUCAUUGAUUAUUUGUGUUUCUAUCAUAGACUAAUGUAAAUGAUUCCGAGCAAACUUUAAGUGAAUUUUUUUCUAAUAUGUAGCCUGUUAAUGCUCUUAAUUAUUAAGAAUGUUGUACUCAUUUCACCAUUCGGUCUAGUUGGUGUGUCCUCCAGUUUUGCUUGGGCAAUACAGUAAGGUAAAGUUAUUCUGGGUCGUACCAGUUUGGCUCUCUGUAGAAGGGUAGGUGGUUCCGGGAGUAUCUUGGGAACUAACUGCUUAGGUAGAAAACACUUUUGGUUUUAUCUUACUUGUGAAAUGAGUAUUUUUUCUUAUUUGCUAAAAUUGAUCUAAAUAUGAUCCUUGAAAUCAGAUAGUCAUUCUUUAGAAUGUUAAAUAAAUGCAACCUAAGUAAAAGGAGAAA